ACUGACUGCACAUAACUCAAAUUGAAUUGAAAUUUGUAAAUGACGCAAUCCAGCGAGCUCAUAUGUGGGCGCGCUGCACAGUAAUGUUCCUUGGCACCUCAUCGAGAAGCCACCCGGUUUGCCAAAAAGCGACAUGUGGUCACGGUGUCGUUCGAAUAUCCAAUAGGACUAUAGUCCAUGAAAAUAUAUGCAACGUCUUCGUCGUACCAUCCAGCAACAUGGUACUCCCCGAGACGCAGAGUGCCUGGCGGCUCCGAUGUAAAUAUUCCUCAGUGCUCAUCACAGGAGUCACGGGUUCCCAAGGUCCCGCCGUCCUCAUCCGCCUCAAAGGCAAACUAGCACCCUGCCUCACAUCUCUCGGUCUUUCCUCAUCAUCAUCAUGCAAAAAUUUCUUAAUCCCCGACCUGAACCUCCCAGGCCCUCUGGAUGAAGCAACUGCCGGGAAUGACUACGUCUUCCACGCUGCCUUCUUUCUACCGUUUCAAAUCGUCCUGCCUAAACGACAUUAUGCCGAGCUCAUCGCCCAGCCGAGACUAUGCCCUCGAUCUUCUGGAGAGCGCGCGCAAGACCGGAAUUACUUGGGCCUACAUACGCGCCCGAAAUGUAUAUCCAAAGCUCUGAGAGCACCAUGAAUUACUCGUUUGACCCGCCAUUUUAGGUGUCCUGAUGGCGUACUGCGCAGCCAAGAUAGCUGCUUUGCGCCGAUCUCUGGAGUGGAUGGAUGCAGCCUUUGCGGCAGAAUGGAGUCUGGGAUUCGAAUUCAUUAAUCUGGUUCUUGCGUACAUAUACGACCGUCAGCCACUGGCUACUAGCCCUGUAGAUCUAUUCACAACGGGCGAUAUCAUGAUGCUGCGCGUCGCCACGAGAAUAAGACCACCUACUCCGGGGAAACACAG